GGAAUGCUAGGUGGUAGGAGGAGUGUGUGUGUGUGAGAUGCUUCAGGCAGGGAAUGCUAGGUGGUAGGAGGAGUGUGUGUGUGUGUGUGUGAGGCUUCAGGCAGGGAAUGCUAGGUGGUAGGAGGAGUGUGUGUGUGUUGCUUCAGGCAGGGAAUGUUAGGUGGUAGGAGGAGUGUGUUAAAUGCUUGACGUGUUAACGGAUGACAGUUUGUUUUCUCCACAGCAGUCAGUGUAUCUGUUCUAGUGUUUACCCAGAGCAAUCUGUGAACACUGUUUUUCAUACUUAGCUACUGCCCUUAGCUUACACUACACUAACACCUGGCUGCUGGACACCUUUCCCAUUCAUCUCUCUUCUUCACUUCCUUUUGAAUCUCUUUUCUGUCCCACCAUCUUGCAGUAAGGAAUAUGUAGAGAGACAGUGAAUGAGUAUAGUCGUUGUAUGACGAGCGAUAUAGAGGUGUGGCCUGAUGUCCCUCCAAUAUAUGUGUGUCACCUCAGUGUUGUGUGUGUGUGGGAGAGAGAGUGUGUCACAUCCACACUCUCUCUUAGGUCAGCUCCCUGAACGGUAGCCUGGUUAAAAAUUCAGGACAUUGCUGAGGCUUGCCCUCUUUCUGCAAGCACACACAGACAGGCUUAACAUAACAUAAUAUCCUCUUCAACCGGUUGGUAUCUCUGCAGUCCUGGAUUGUGACAGUGAGUGUUACUGAACCCCUGAGGAGCUGUGGCUCUAAGAGAGAGAAGAAAGAGAGAAGAGGAGGGAGGGAGGGAGAGAGACCUUCUCUUUCACAGCAGCAGGGUAUAUUCAUCUCUCAUCUCUCAGGAGCCGCCCGCAUCAACUGGUGAGACAGAGGAAGUCCGGUCUGUAGUCUGGGGGGGCUCGGUCAGUGGGGAGCGUAUGAGGAGUCAGAGAGCAGAGGAAAUCCCUGACCUGUCCUGAUAACACAGAGCCACACCGGCAACGCACCCGGAAACUCACCCGGCAACGCACCCGGAAACUCACCCGGCAACGCACCCGGAAACUCACCCGGCAACGCACCCGGAAACUCACCCGGCAACGCACCUGGAAACUCACCCGGCAACGCACCUGGAAACUCACCCGGCAACGCACCGGGGUCACAAAAGGAGACAAACAAGGAGCCCCCACUCCUCCUGCAGGCAUGAGGUCCUUCCGUUCGUUCGGUAAUGAUGACCGUCACGUCAUGGCCAAGCACUCCUCCGUCUACCCAUCAUCGUCUGAACUGGAGGCGGUCCAGACCCUGGUGUCCACCGUGGAGGGUGCCCUCAAACACGUCUCUGAUUGGAUAGACCAGAGCAACGUUCAAUCAGUGCAGAGCAACAGCCAGACAGACGCAGCAGUCGGCCAGACAGACUGUCAGUCCGACGCAGCAGUCGGCCAGCCCAACCCCACAGACAGCCCGGUGCCAAAGGAUGGUAGCUGUGACCAUAACGAUAACCCUAACGACGACCCCAGUCUUAGUCCCAGAGCCAGCCCAGAUGACUCCACAGACGGCGGCAGCAGUGAGCCCAGUGGAGGUGUUCUGUGUGGCGUGAUGAGGAUUGGCCUGGUGGCUAAAGGUCUGCUCAUCAAACAGGACAUGGACCUGGAGCUGGUGCUGAUGUGUAGAGAGAAACCUACAGAGACACUGCUGUGUACUGUCUGUGAUAACCUGCCGCUGCAGAUACAGAAGCUAACAGAGGAGAAGUACGAGGUGCACCGAUGCGUGCCAGAGGCGGCCAUCUUGGUGUGUAGCACGACGGAGCCCAAACUCACCCUGAAGGUCACCCUCAGCUCUCCACAGAUGAGAGAAGACAGCGACACGGAUGAACAAAGUACCAUGGAUGAACAAGUGGAGGGUGGUGAGCUGUCCGACCCUGCAGACAUGCUGGACAGGCACAGAUGUCUGUUGGCCCUGGCGGCUCUGCGACAUGCCAAAUGGUUCCAGGCCAGAGUAAACGGCUUGAAGUCAUGUGUCAUCAUCCUCAGGAUCCUGAGAGACAUGAGCAAUAGACUGCCAGCCUGGGAGCCACUCAAAGGAUGGCCCCUGGAGCUGAUUUGUGAGAAGGCCAUAGCUACGUGUAACCGGCCGCUGGGUGCAGGGGAAGCCCUACGUAGAGUCAUGGAGUGUCUCGCCUCGGGAAUCCUGCUUCCAGGAGGACCAGGGUUACACGACCCAUGUGAGAAGGAGCUGACCAACACCCUGACGGCCAUGACAGACGAGGAGGCUGAGGCCAUCACCUACAAUGCACAGCACUCCCUGAGACUGAUGGCGUUUGGUCAGAUCUACAAGGUGCUGGAGAUGGACCCUCUACCCUCUAGUAAACCCCAGAAGUACCCCUGGUCAGACAGGGAGGGCUCCGGGCUAAAGAGGCCUUAUGAGGACGGGCCCACGGACGACAAAGACCUCAUCAAGAAAAUGAAGAGGAACCUGAGGAAAGUCCUCGACAGCAAAGCAAUAGACACCAACCAACCAAUGAAUGCUCUGAUGCGUCUGAAUCAGAUACGUCCAGGUCUGCAGUACAAGCUGCUGUCCCAGUCCGGCCCGGUCCACGCUCCUGUCUUCACCAUGUCUGUAGACGUAGACAGCACUGUGCACGAAGCCUCAGGCUCCUCUAAGAAAACCGCCAAGCUGCAUGUUGCUGUGAAGGUCCUUCAGGCGAUGGGUUACCCUACAGGGUUUGAUACGGACCUGGACUGCAGUGCAGACGAGAAGUCAGACGGAGAGGGGAGAAGUGAAUCGUCCACACACAGCAAUAACACAACACACUCAGACAGCUCAAAUACACUGGAGGUCCGAACUCAGGGUCCUAUUCUGACGGCCAGCGGUAAAAACCCUGUCAUGGAGCUCAAUGAGAAACGCAGAGGUCUGAAGUACGAGCUCAUAUCAGAGAGCGGGGGCAGCCAUGACAAACGCUUCGCCAUGGAGGUGGAGGUGGAUGGUCAGAAGUUCCGGGGGGCGGGGCCUAAUAAGAAGGUAGCGAAGGCAUCCGCUGCAUUGGCUGCUCUGGAGAAACUGUUCUCUGGUCCCAACGCCACCGCUAUCAAGAAGAAGAAGAUCAUCCCUCAACACGCUAUGAAAGGUUCCCUAGCUGCAGCAGUGGCAGCCUCAGCAGUAGCAGCCCAGGUGGCCAGGGGGAGAGGUAGAGCAGCAGCCCUGACCAGUGGAGCCUUCAUUACCACAGCCGCUGCACCAGGAUACACACAGAUACCAGGCUUCGGGACUCCAUAUGGAUACAGUGCUGCAGCCGCCCCAGCCUAUGGUGGUCUUUUCAUUGACAAUCCCUUUUACCAGCCUCGGACCAUCGCACCAUUUAUUAUUCAGUUGGGUCCUCAAGAUCUCUUCUCUGACUUCUAGAACCAUCAGGUUGUGUUGCUUCUAAACUAUCUGACUACAGUGCUGCUCCAGGCUUGCCCUUUGACCCAGCAGGCUGUCUGUCUGUCUCCCACCGUAUGGUACAGAGCCAGCGAGUGGUCAAACUGAACUCCUCUCACUCUGUUCUGUCUCCUCACGACCCAAAUCAAAAGAAACAGACCUAUAAAAAAAAGCAAUAUUUGAUUGGACUUUUUUGAAUCUCAGCUGCGUCAAAACUAAAAGCUGAGGACCUUGAUCUUUGGGUCUUUUUCUUAUAUAGCAAUACGACACCUGAACUGUUUUGGCUUCUAGCUUACUUGAGAUGAUGUGAAUGUUCCAUUGAGUCUUACCCAAGCACAGCAUUGCAAUAUAUCACUUCAAUUGUAUAUUCACUGAGUGUAUGUGUGCCUAUACCAUGGAAUAUAUGCAUUUAUAUGUCUGGUAUAAGUUUCUAUAAAUAUGUAUUACAUGUGUUGAUACUCUUUAUGAUGUACAUAUGUAAAUAUAUGAUAUACUUAUUGUUGGUAUAAAUUAUUUUAGAAAGUUAUAUGUAAUCACAAUCCCACAAUAUAGCUUUCUUUCUUCUUGCCGUUUUAUACACACUGAGAAAUGGACUUGACUGUAGUACUGAACAUGCAAUAUAAACCUGUUUCUUAAUUCACCUGUGCUUAUAGAAUAGCUUAUAGAUUUUGCCAUCCUUUCACCUCCAUGUCUUCUCGUCUGAGCCUUUCGCUAGCACGGCCUGGUCAGACGAGAGGCGCUCGCUCACUCAACCUUGCAAACCGACCGCCCUCUCAACCCCACAUACACACGCACUUCCUGUGUGACACUACAAACACACAACCUCCUGUUUACGUCCUGUCAGAAAGCACACUUUUCUCAGUGGAACAUUUCUCACUGCGCCACUGUCUCUCUGCUCACAGGGUAUCCUGUACUGCACCGUACGCUUUGUCCUUUUAAUAAGCUGGGUGUGUUGGGCAGCUAGGGUAACACAGAAACCCCUCCUAGACAGGACCAACCACGGUCCUCUGUCUCUCUCAUGCCUACAGCAUGAACGUGGGACCAAAAGCACAGUUCACAGUUUGUCAGCUUGUAAAGGUGAUGGGUGGCCCAGUUACUUUAAGUUAGCAUGCUACUCAGGCAAACCAACACACAGAGCUUAUUACUGUCAACUCAGUCGCAGGCCAACCGGCCACCAUGCAACAGUCCAACCACACGUUGAUUAAUGGCUACAUCUAAUUAUAAUGUAUACUCUGACAUUAUGUACAUUACAUCUCUACUGUAUAAAGACAGUCAGGACCCAGUCAUUUCAUAACCCCCAGCUUUACAUGGGUUGUUGUCUGUGUCACACAGCUUUACAUGGGUUGUUGUCUGUGUCACACAGCUUUACAUGGGUUGUUGUCUGUGUCACACAGCUUUACAUGGGUUGUUGUCUGUGUCACACAGCUUUACAUGGGUUGUUGUCUGUGUCACACAGCUUUACAUGGGUUGUUGUCUGUGUCACACAGCUUUACAUGGGUUGUUACUGUGUCACACAGCUUUACAUGGGUUGUUGUCUGUGUCACACAGCUUUACAUGGGUUGUUGUCUGUGUCACACAGCUUUACAUGGGUUGUUGUCUGUGUCACACAGCUUUACAUGGGUUGUUGUCUGUGUCACACAGCUUUACAUGGGUUGUUGUCUGUGUCACACAGCUUUACAUGGGUUGUUGUCUGUGUCACACAGCUUUACAUGGGUUGUUGUCUGUGUCACAUAGCUUUGCUUUAUCUUGGCCAGGUCGCAGUUGCAAAUGAGAACUUGUUCUCAACUAGCCUACCUGGUUAAAUAAAGGUGAAAUAAAAAAAAUGUAGAACAUGACCCUCUAGUUGAUAUACUAUAUUCACUACCGGUCAAAAGUUUUAGAACACCUUCUCAUUCAAGGGUUUUUCUUUAUUUGUACUAGUUUCUACAUUGUAGAGUAAUAGUGAAAACAUUGAAACUAUGAGAUAACACAUAUGGAAUCAUGUAGUAACCAAAAAAGUGUUAAACAAAUCAAAUAUAUAUUUUAUAAUUGAGAUUCUUCAAAUAGCCACCCUUUGCCUUGAUGACAGCUUUUGCACACUCUUGGCAUUUUCUCAACCAGCUUCACCUGGAAAGCUUUUCCAACAGUCUUGAAGGAGUUCCCACAUAUGUUGAGCACUUGUUGGCUGCCUUUCCUUCACUCUGCAGUCUGACUCAUCCCAAACCAUCUCAAUUUAGUUGAGGUCGGGUGAUUGUGGAGGCCAGGUCAUCUGAUGCAGCACUCCAUCAGUCUCCUUUCUUGGUCAAAUAGCCUUUACACAGCUGGGAGGUGUGUUGGGUCAUUGUCCUGUUGAAAAACAAAUGAUAGUCCCACUAAGGCCAAACCAGAUGGGAUGGCGUAUCGCUGCAGAAUGCUGUGGUAGCCAUGCUGGUUAAGUGUGCCUUGAAUUCUAAAUAAAUCACAGACAUCGCAUCCCCCACACCAUCACACCUCCUCCUCCAUCCUUCACGGUGGGAACCACACAUGCGCAGAUCAUCCUUUCACCCAUACUGCAUCUCACAAAGACACUGUGGUUGGAACCAAAAAUCUCAAAUUUGACUCAUCAGACCAAAGGACAGAUUUCCACCGGUCUAAUGUCCAUUUCUCAUGUUUCUUGGCUCAAGCAAGUCUUUUCUUAUUAUUGGUGUCCUUUAGUAGUGGUUUCUUUGCAGCAAUCGACCAUGAAGGCCUGAUUCACGCAGUCUCCUCUGAACAGUUGAUGUUGAGAUGUGUCUGUUACUUGAACUCUGUGAGGCAUUUAUUUGGGCUGCAAUUUCUGAGGCUGGUAACUCUAAUGAACUUAUCCUCUGCAGCAGAGGUAAGUCUGGGUCUUCCUUUCCUGUGGCAGUCCUCAUGAGAGACAGUUCCAUCAUAGCACUUGAUGGUUUUUGUGACUGCAGUUGAAGAAACUGCAGUUGAAGAAACCCCCCCCCUCCCUCCCCCUUAUCACAACACAACUGAUUGCCUCAAACGCAUUAAGAAGGAAAGAAAUUCCACAAAUGAAUGUUUAACAAGGCACACCUGUUAAUUGAAAUGCAUUCCAGGUAACUACCUCGUGAAGCUGGUUGAGAGAAUGCCAAGCUGUCAUCAAGGCAAAGGGUGGCUAGUUGAAGAAUCUGAAAUAUAAAAUAUAUUUUGAUUUUUUUUGCUUGCUACAUGAUUCCAUAUGUGUUAUUUCAUAGUUCUGAUGUCUUCACUAUUAUUCUACAAUGUAGAAAAUAGUACAAAUAAUGAAAAACCCUUGAAUGAGAAGGUGUUCUAAAACUUUUGACCGGUUGUGUAGUAUACUACACUACAUUGAUAUGUUAUAUCUAACUGAUCAGGUGAAACCAUAGUAACUGUAGUUGAUAUGAGUUUGUGUGGGGUUAAGUUAGUGUAUGGUGGUGAUGGUGGUGAACUACAGUGCCCAGCAAGAUUACCAACUCAGCAUCAAGGCCAUAUUCCCUGGUCUUGAAUAAGUGGGCAUCCUACUGUAUAACAGGAUAAAUCAUUACAUUCGUCCUAUAUCAAGAUGAAUUACAAACUAUAGGAUCAGAUAAGAUAUAUUGUUGUUUUUUUUAUCUUAUUUAUAUAAAAGCUGCUAACAAUGUUUAAUCAACCGCAAAUCAACAUUUCGCGAGUACAUUCUGUAAUAUCACUUUGUUAUCCUUAAAGUUGCACUAUGCAGAAAUCGCUCCUCCAUUUCCUGGUUGCUAAAACUCUAAUAUUUCGCCUAAUUUAACUCUAAUAGUUCACCUAAUUUCAGUUUAUGUGACAAAAUAAGAUAGUAUAGAGAAUCAUUGUACCAUCUAAACUGCUGUGAAAUCUAUUUUCCAGAAUCAAAAAUAUUGUGGUUUCAGCUGUUUGAAGCUGGUGUACAAAACCGAAAGUAAAAGACACAACUUAAGAACAGGGAGCAUAGAAAUAGCCCACAUAGAACAUAUCUACUGCUUCUUAGACUUGCUUUCAAGUAGAAUGAUAGAUCUAUGUCUCACAUUUCUAUGUGAAUUUGGUGGGGUUGCCCAAAAAUGUACAUAUUGCCACUUUAAAGUAAAUGCACUAGACUGAUACGAAUAUAUCCAUCACUAAAUGAUCUGACAACUGGCUACUGCCUAGACAAUACACAUCCUCUAGAAGUUAUGUUUGUCUUAGAAUUUAAAAAUCAGGCUUUACGGUCAGAAAGUCAUGGGGGGGGGGGGGGAAACCCCAUUAACACUACAUUCUGUUCUCUCUCUGAGGACUGUGUUGUUGAGACAUGCUCUGGCCAGAUGGCCCGUCGUGAUAAUAGACUACUGGAUGUCAACUGUGUUGUUGAGACAUGCUCUGGCCAGAUGGCCGUCGUGAUAAUAGACUACUGGAUGUCAACUGUGUUGUUGAGACAUGCUCUGGCCAGAUGGCCCGUCGUGAUAAUAGACUACUGGAUGUCAACUGUGUUGUUGAGACAUGCUCUGGCCAGAUGGCCCGUCGUGAUAAUAGACUACUGGAUGUCAACUGUGUUGUUGAGACAUGCUCUGGCCAGAUGGCCGUCGUGAUAAUAGACUACUGGAUGUCAACUGUGUUGUUGAGACAUGUACUGGCCAGAUGGCCGUCGUGAAUAAUAUACUACUGGAUGUCAACUGAGUGUUGGUUGGCUUUAAAUUUCUCCCUCUGAUCGUCGGGGUCUUUUGACCCAUGCCUCUGCUUCCUAAGGGGGCACACAAUGCAAAGCAAUGUUUUUCAGUAGCAUACACUGGGUUCAAAAACUAUUUAACAUACUUCAACUGGGCUUGAGCUUGCCUGGUGCAAUGGAACCAGUAGAAUAGUCGCAAAAGUGCAAACCCAGGCCAUCUGGCACUCCAGAGAGGAUACAGUUAAAAGUAUUUAAAAAAAUAUUUCAAAUAGUAUUUGUAGUACAUUGUAAUCUGUAGUGUAGUGGAGAGAGCCGAGCCUCAGUUACUGCUUCUAAAUGGGUAGAUUGUACUACUGCGCACACAGCUCUAUAUUCUAGCAUUUAUUACGAGAUCCACGUGAUGAGAAGACCAGGCAGAAUAUAUAAAUGGCUUGAAAUACACUACAUGACCAAAAGUAUGUGGACACCUGCUUGUCGAGCAUCUCGUUCCAAAAUCAUGGGCAUUAAUAUGGAGUUGGUCCCCCCUUUGCUGCUAUAACAGCCUCCACUCUUCUGGGAAGGCUUUCCACUAGAUGUUGGGGACUUGCUUCCAUUAAGCCACAAGAGCAUUGGUGAGGUCAGGCACUGAUGUUGUGCGAUUAGUCCUGGCUCGCAAUCGGUGUUCCAAUUCAUCCCAAAGGUGUUCGAUGGGGUUAAGGUCAGGGCUCUGUGCAGGCCAGUCAAGUUCUUCCACACCGAUCUUGACAAACCAUUUCUGUAUAGACCUUGCUUUGUGCACGGGGGCACUGUCAUGCUGAAACAGGAAAGGUCCUUCCCCAAACUGUUGCCACAAAGUUGGAAGCACUAGAAUGUAAUUGUAGGCUGUAGCGUUACGAUUUCCCUUCAUUGGAACUAAGGGCCCUAGCCCGAACCAUGAAAAACAGCCCCAGACCAUUAUUCAUCCUCCACCAAACUUUACAGUUGGCACUAUGCAUUGGGACAGGUAGUGUUCUCCUGGCAUCCGCCAAACCCAGAUUCGACCGUUGGACUGCCAGAUGGUGAAGCAUGAUUCAUCCCUCCAGAGAACACAUUUCCACUGCUCGGCCAUGGAAACCAUUUCAUGAAGCUCCUGAUGAACAGUUAUUGUGCUGACGUUGCUUCCAGAGGCAGUUUGGAACUCGGUAGUGAGUGCUGCAACCGAGGACAGGUGAUUUUUACGCGUUACACGCUUCAGCACUCGGCGGUCCUGUUCUGUGAGCUUGUGUGGCCUACCACUUCACGUCUGAGCCCUUGUUGCUCUUAGACGUUUCCACUUCACAAUAACAGCACUUACAGUUGACCGUGGCAGCUCUAGCAGGGCAGGAAUUUGACAAUGUGGCAUCCUAUGACGGUGCCACGUUGAAAGUCACUGAGCUUCAGUAAGGCUAUUCUACUGCCAAUAUUUGUCUAUGGAGAUUGCAUGGCAGUGUGCUCGAUUUUAUACACCUGUCAGCAACUGGUGUGGCUGAAUUAGCAAAAUCCACUAAUUUGAAGGGUUGUCCACAUACUUUUGUAUAAAUAGUGUAUAUUGCAAUAAUGAGCAUGUCUUUUAGUUUGGAUACUAAGGAAUUUCACAGCCCUGGUUAAUUGGCUUGUUGGUGAUGAACAAUGAUUAUGUUUGUUUGAAUGAUAUUGUUUGAUUUGUGUUAUGGAUUGUACAUUACAAUCCGGGUUGUUAGAGCCCUGAAUGCUGAUUGGCUGAAAGUGACAAAAAAAAAUUUUUUUUACUGUUCUAAUUACAUUGGUAACCAGUUUAUAAUAGCAAUAAGGCAUCUCAGGGGGUUGUGAUAUAUGGCCAAUACACCACGGCUAAGGGCUGUAUCCAGGCAUUCCGCGUUGCGUCAUGCUUAAGAACAGCCAUAUACCACAAACCCCAUAGGUGCCUAAUUGCUGAAAUAUAACCUUGUCCCUCCCGAUGUCCCCUAAACUGUCCCUAUGAUAGGUCCUCCUGCCUGACAUGGGAUACAACAAGCACAAAACCACAUUAGCAAUAUUCUACCACCUCCUACUCAGGGCCCACCGGACACACACACGCACGCACACACACACACUGUAGCCGGAGUUAUUCCAGCCCACCUCACAAUCACCCACCCUCAUCAUCCUCCUCGUCGCGCACAUCCUCAGUACUAUAACACACAGUGUAGACUCUUCUCGUAUGGGGCUCUACAACUCCAGCUCAACGAUUGUAUUCCGGGUAAGCCACAGGCUGUUACUGAAAAUAUACUACGGGAAUGGAGCCAUUUGUUCCAGAGGAAUGACUUCCACCCCCCAUAAACAUGUACCUUGGUGCUUUACAAUGGGCUGUAGCUGUGUAUAGACUUCUUGUAAAGUGGUUUACUUAUGUUUUGUUUAUAUGUGGAAAUCUUCCUACAGCUAUCAUGAUUCACUGAGAGAGAGGGAGACUAGUGUGUGGGACGAGGACAAAGUAGAAUGCCGGGAAUUCAAUUUUGUGAUCCAGCCUGCAGCAGUUCUGAAAUAUGAUUCAGAUCUGGUUUUGGCCUAUGAGAGCGAGGCUUCGCGAAAUGAAAAUGCUGAACUGAACGUUUUCUUCAUGUCUGUCCGUGCUCUAAAUAGCCGCAGCACAUAGUUCAGGGUUAAGUCUCUCACAGUAUGGGAGAUAGUCUGUCACAAGUGGAAAACCCAUCCCAUGUGCAAUAUUACAAUGUUCCAAUAUCCUGGCUGUCGAUCGAAACGCUUUGGUUUGGAAUGUAUACUGUUGUAGAGUAGAAUGUAUGGCCAUAGCAGAGCUACAGUAAUUGCAUUUUUGUAAAGACAUAUAUAGACAGAAUAUAUAUGAUAAACAUAUAUACAUCUAUACAUCUUUUUGAAACUACUUGUGUGAGUCAUUUGGGCACUUCCUGCCUGGUUUGUUUACAUUUCUAAUUAUUAUUCUCUUAUUUAUUUACAAUGUUUUUUGAGCGUGGCGUCUUCUGAGCGAUGGACUCGUCCCUCCAUCUUUCUGUAUAUAGAAUCCUCCAUUUUAGUUUUAUUAUUUUGACCGAGAGGAAACUGUGGAAUUACGUUUGCGCCAAUAAAAUCAAGUAAAAGUUUAGGAUUUUUUUGCCACAAAAGUAACUCCAUAGAAAUCAGCCCGACUUGUCAGAGUUGUGCGUUUCAUAUUUUUUAUUAUAAUCAUGUGGCAUAAAAUAAUAAAGUAUAUAAAUUUGAACUAUAAAGUUAUAAUCAACAAGGUAAUCCAAUGUGAAGUGGUGUUUGUGCACAAACCUCUGUGAGCGAGAUGUGCUUAAAUAUAGAAGCUAUUCAUUGGAAAUGACGGCAGUAGAUGUUUGCUAGCUGUGGUAUUAAAUUAUUAGUAGCAAAGUCACCAUGGUGAUAUGGUUGUCACUGUGUUUGCCAUCAUUUAUGCUUGAAAAAAUAAAAAUUGCUGAAUAUUAUUUAAAGUGUCAAAACGUUUUUAUAUUACCAUGAAAUAAAUUAAGCCUAUAAACCA